CCAGGGGACAGCUCACACUUGCAGUUCCAAAUGCGCAGAUUUUCCCUGCUGCGAUACACUGUCUCAAGUCACGCCAAUUUCAAUCCUUACCCAAAAGCCUACAUCCUUCCAAUUUUGUAUUCUUCGCAUAAAUUCAUCUUCUUGGCCGUACCCAUUGCGUAGAUUCUGUUUCUUGAUUUCACGAUAAAGCUUCACGGCGUCCGGCCGGCCGGCUGUCAACCCAGUACUCUUCCUGGCCAGGACCGGCUUAGUCCGACAGAGAGAGUUCUGGAAUGGGAACGGCGUGUGAAAUGAGGGCUCUUAGCUCGCUGGAGCUUAUGCUGAUGAAGCUCCAGCAUGCGGAGGAACGACCGGAAGAUACGCCGCCGGCAUUGCCAGCUCGGCCGGUCAUGAAGGUCCGGCAGCCGCGGCAGAGGAAGAAACUACCUUUUGUGUUUAACAGUAAUAGCGAGCUUCAUCAGAUGACUGGGAAAUCUUUGGCGGGCAUAGAGAAGAAUGGCUUUCUUGAUACUGUUUCUCAACUCGGAUUAUCAGAGGUUCAUGCGCCCAUUGAUUUUAAUAAGGAUGUAAAAGAUGAGGAGGAAGGAGGACUACAGGAAGGGGUAAUGAUAAUCCAGAGAUGUUACAGAGGCUACCAAGCCUACAGCUACUAUAGGAAGUUCAAGAGUGGAGCAAUUGCACUUCAAUCAUGUAUUCGAGGUUGGUUGGCUCGAAGGGAAUUUGUUAAGCAAGUAGUGAGUCAAGAGGCAAACAAGAGUGAGCUCACUAAGGUUCCAAUAAUAGUUUUACUUGAACUUGGAAGAAAAGUUCUGAUUAGUGAGGCUGCUUUGGAGAGGAAGAGAGAUGAAAGUUCUUCUCUGAAGAAACUUAUUGCGGAUUAUGAAAUGACAUGGAGGCAGCAUGAAGCAAGGAUGCAAUACUUGGAGACCAUGUGGCAAGAUGAGCUGACUUCUAUACAAACAAGUCUAGCUGAAGCCAGGAAACAACAAGCUUUAGCUGGUGACAAUGGACCUUCAAGAUCAAUUGAAAUCACAUCAGGAAGAGUCAAAAUUAAACCUUUUGUGGUUUCUCAUCCUGAGAUGAAUAAUGAGAUCAAACCAGAUAAAGAGGUCUCCAGUUUUAGCCCCAAAGAUGAAUUAGCAAAGCUGAAGCUAAAGUUUGAAGCGUGGACAAAGGGUUAUAGAAAAACAUUGCAGGAAGCAAAAGCAAGAAUGAAGAAGCUGGGACAGCCUGCCAAACGUAAGAGUUCAGGGAUUUGGUGUGGGAGAUGAAAGCAGCUUCAAUUCUUUGUUGGUUCCAAGGCCAAAUCUCCAGAAAUUUGUUCUGAUUUAGAUAGAGAAGAAAAUAGGAAAUGUAUAGAUAAGAGGUUGACCGGAAGGAAACAUAAAUUUUGUAUAAUCUCUAGUAAACCAUUAUUAUAAUUAAAUUCUGUUUCAUCCCUAUGCAACAUCAUACGAAGAACUACGUUCUGUUUAGGCUAUGUUUGACAUAGCAAGCUGAAUCUAAGACUAAUGUCUGAAUUGAGAGCUAUUGUGUGAAUUAGAGACUAU